GUGUGAUUCGCUUUCCUCGCAUCAUCAUGGGCGCGUACAAGUAAGGGAGACCACAGGGAAGACAGCUUGACGGGAGAUCUUGAGGAUCUCUGUCUUGUGUGUGUCCUGCAGGUACCUGGAGGAGCUGUGGAAGAAGAAGCAGUCGGAUGUGCUCCGAUUCCUUCUCCGCGUCCGCACAUGGGAGUACCGGUGACCAACGCACACAGGGAGGGAGGGAGAGAGGGGGGCACGGGUGCUGACAGACAGAUGCGAGCGCAAGACAGCUCUGACGAAGGCAGGCAGGCAGGCAGUCAGAUAGCUCGUGUGACCACCGCUUGUGGAUGUGUUGUGUCUUCUGGCUGGCGUUGUGUGUUUGGUUUGGUGUGCUGUAGUCACCUGCCUGCGGUGCACCGUGCGUCCCGUCCGACUCGUCCUGACAAGGCGCGUCGUUUGGGUUACAAGGCCAAGCAGGGGUUCGUCAUCUACCGCGUCCGUGUGCGUCGUGGGGACCGCAAGAAGAUGGUGAGCAAGGGCAUCGUCUACGGCAAGCCCAAGCACCACGGUAUCCGCAAGCAGAAGAGCACCCGCAACCUCCGCAGCGUCGCCGAGGAGCGGGUGGGCCGCAAGGUGUGCGCCGGGCUGCGCGUCCUCAACUCCUACUGGGUGGCCCAGGACGCCACUUACAAAUUCUUCGAGGUCAUCAUGGUCGACCCCUCCCACAACGCCAUCCGCAAGAACACACGAUACAACUGGAUCUGCGACGCCACACACAAGCACCGCGAGCUCCGCGGACUCACCAGCGCAGGUCGGUAGAGAUAGAUGAUAUCGCUACACAGGGAGGGAGGGAGGGGGACCCACUAUACACGUGUGUACCGUUUCUCUCAAUGUGUGUGUCACAUGUUGCAGGCAAGAAGUAUCGUGGUCUGCGGACCAAGGGCGGUGGUGCGGCCCGGCUGCGCCCCUCGCGGCGCGCCACCUGGCGCCGACGACAGUUCCUCCAGCUCAGGCGAUACAGAUAAACACACGACAAUGCCCACACCCGGACGCCUCCCCCCCCUGCACCAGUCAGCCUGCCGCCUCUUGUCGUGCGUGCACGUGUUGCCGCUUUGGUCCGUCUGCUCGCCGUGUUUCAACCGAGAUGGCGGUGGGCGGGAUGGGUAGGGAGGGAGGGGCCUGGGCGUGUUGGCAGGAGGGACGAUGGUUGGAUGGACGGACGGACGGGGUGGUGGCGAUUCUCGUGUGGUGCAUGGCUGUCUCGUGACGUCAGUGUGCGUGAGAGCGUGAGGAAACUGUGCCUCUGCUCAGUCAAACUUGCCAUGGUUUACUUGGUUGGUUGCCUUGCCGCGUACCAAUGCGUU